AUGAGUGAAGGUCUGCUCGACGAAGGAACCGAGGUCAAGGACGUGGAAGUUCUGCGGGAGGACCAGGACCGAAUUAACCGCUUCUCUUCUCUCAACACCCAGAUGGACCAUCUUGAGGACGAUGAGAAGGAGUCGUCGACCAGCAAAGAGUACCUGGACGAUCUGAUCAUGGAGAUGGAGCUGAUGGACGAGGACGAGACCGUCAAGUUCAAGAUUGGCGACGCCUUUGUGGACAUUCCCCAGAGUGAAGCCAUGGUGCGACUAGAGAAGCAGCAGGAGGAAGUGGACGCCAAGCUCGACAAGACCCAGAGCAGGAUGUCCGAGAUUCGAGACGAGAUGGAGGAGCUCAAGAAGCAUUUGUAUGCCAAGUUUGGCAACUCCAUUUCUCUUGAGAGAUAG